AUGGUUAGUAGUGACUCUGGUUUUAGUGUGGGUUUUGGCAAGGAAGUUCGCGACGUCAUUGGCGGCGAGGGCGGCAGCUAUAACCCGCCCUACUCCCGUGACGACGACGGGCUUCCGACCUUUGAUGUCGAUUCCAAGCUGGGACCCGGGGAUAUUAAUAUCCGCCAGUUCGAGCCCUGCGGGAUAUGCCCCUUCGACGGCGAGGAACCCAAUACGCUGGACUGA